AUGUAUUUUUCAUUUAAAAUUGGAGCUGCAUUGUUCACCUGGUUUAAAUUGGUUUUUGUUAAGGCAGCAGCAUUUGAGGAGUCGCAGAGCCGGGAAUCCGAGAGAAAAAGAGAUCGCCAAACCGAAGGGAUGCGAAAACGCGAGAUUGUUUCUAUACGACCAAUGGCAGUUCCAGAACGACCGCUGAAAGAUAUGUGGGAAUGCUCUAGUGCUGAGAGACAGUUAAUGACGGAAAGAUCAAGCAGAAUAUUUUUCGAGGAAAACCACAACGGCAAGUCGUUCGAAGUUGUGGCACUGUCAGCAACAAAGCACGCUGCAAUGUGUGCAUCAUGCGGUGUUCUUUUUUCACCUUUGGCACCGGCACCAGAGGACGUUGUGGUACGGCGUGAUGAUUAUUAUGAUGAUGAUGAUGAUGAUGAGUUGGAGCCUCAGGCCAUCAGGUGGCGGAAGCCGCAGUACAGUUACAUGCAUUGUCGACUGCAUUGUAUAUUGAGUCGGUACCACUAUUUUCGCACAGCAGAGUUCCUCAGAAUCGAAAGCGGAACGCGACGGAUGCUGCAGCCAUGCCAUUUGAAAAUGUUAAAAAGACGGCUGAAUUACGACGAUAUAUGA